AUGUCUGCCGCUGCCGCCGCCGCGGCUUCCCCUCCGCCGCGGAGCGCGGUGCGAUCCCUCACUGACAGCCCCGCCGCCGCCGCCGCCGCCGCCCGCCCGUCUCCAUGGCAACAGGGAGGAGGGAGGGAGGGGGAUAAGCCGCUUUCCCUCCGCCGCCGCGGGCCCGAUCCAGCUCGCGGGUGCCCUGGGAAGCUGCCGCGCCCGGGCGGGCAGGGCUCAGCUUUUAUUUAUGAGAGCGUUUUGCAUCGCCGCUGUGUCCUCCCGGCACAGUCGCUCCGCGCCCCGGACCGCGGGCGUUGCGUGGCUGAGGCCGUGCGCUUCUGCGGCGCAACGAAGCACCCGCAGCGCCGAGAGGAAAAGGGGCCGGUGGGGCUGCGGGUGGUGACAGUCUGCAGGUACCAGUGCACCACACGGCAAGAACAGACGGGUGGGAACAUGGGGCACCCAGACGGAACCCGGACGAAGCCUGUUCACGUGUUUGACCACCCUUUUGAUAUAGAACUCCUUCCUCUAAAGUCUGAACCUUCUGAACCUCUCCUGGCAAAGCUUUGAAUCAUUCCCACGCAUCCUGUCACUGGAUACCAAGAAGAAGAGCUCAACACUUCCUCUCCACUUCCCCUUCUCAGGAAGCUGUGGAGAGCAAUGAGGUCACCUCUUAGUCUCUUUUUCUCUAAACUAGACAAACCUGGCCAGUCAGUAAAAGGUUUUG